CCCCUCCCCAUUCUGUCACACGUUUUACCCCCCCUCUGUUUUCCUCCGCUCUUCUCUCUCUCUCUCUCUCUCUCUCUCCUUUAUAUCCCUCACCCUCUCUCUCUUUCCUCAGCAUUUUCCUGCUUGCCUUUAGCGAGGCUACACCCGUACAGACAGCAGGAUGUCCAUUGUGAGCAUCGUUGCCAGGGAGAUCCUGGACUCUCGGGGAAACCCCACAGUAGAGGUGGACCUGAGAACUGAAAAAGGACUAUUCAGGGCUGCUGUACCCAGCGGAGCAUCCACAGGCAUUUAUGAGGCCCUCGAACUCCGAGAUGGGGACAAGAGUCGCUUCAAGGGCAAAGGUGUACUAAAAGCUGUUGGCCACAUCAAUGACACUCUUGGACCUGCUCUCAUUGCAUCUGAAAUCAGUGUGGUUGAGCAGGAGAAGCUGGACAACAUGAUGAUCGAGAUGGACGGCACGGAAAACAAAUCUCAGUUUGGUGCCAAUGCCAUCCUGGGGGUAUCCCUGGCCAUCUGUAAAGCUGGUGCAGCAGAAAAAGAUAUUCCACUGUACCGUCACAUUGCAGACCUGGCCGGAAACACGGAACUAGUGUUACCAGUCCCUGCCUUUAAUGUGAUAAAUGGCGGAUCUCAUGCUGGAAAUAAGCUGGCCAUGCAGGAGUUUAUGGUGCUUCCUGUAGGAGCGGAGUCAUUCCGCGAUGCUUUGCGUGUGGGGGCGGAGCUCUAUCAGACUCUGAGGGGUGUGAUCAAGGAGAAGUAUGGCCAGGAUGCCAUAAACGUGGGUGAUGAGGGAGGUUUUGCCCCAAACAUCCUAGAGAACAGUGAAGCCCUUGAAUUGAUAAAGACUGCCAUAGAUAAGGCUGGCUUCACAGAUAAGGUUGUGAUUGGGAUGGAUGUGGCUGCUUCUGAGUUCUACCGAGAGGGAAAGUAUGAUCUGGACUUCAAAUCGCCACCAGAUCCUGCAAGACAUAUCAGUGGUGAUGAGCUAUUAGAGAUCUACCAGGGCUUUGUCAAUGACUAUCCAGUGGUGUCUAUUGAAGACCCCUUUGAUCAGGAUGACUGGGCAGCUUGGACACAGAUGACUGGUUCGAUGGGAAUCCAGAUAGUAGGUGAUGAUCUAACAGUGACAAACCCAAAGAGGAUAGAGAAGGCGGCAGAGGAGCGAGCUUGCAACUGCCUGCUUCUCAAAGUCAACCAAAUCGGCACCGUCACAGAGGCCAUUCAAGCGUGUAAGCUGGCUCAGGCAAAUGGUUGGGGUGUCAUGGUCAGCCAUCGUUCUGGAGAGACAGAGGACACGUUCAUUGCAGACCUGGUAGUGGGGCUCUGCACUGGACAGAUAAAAACUGGAGCUCCUUGUAGAUCUGAGCGUCUGGCCAAAUACAACCAGCUUAUGAGGAUUGAGGAAGAGCUGGGCGAUCAAGCUCGAUUUGCCGGCCACAACUUCAGAAACCCCAGCGCCCUGUGAGACCACCACCGACUGCACAGUCCACACAAAAACUGACACAUUACAACCACCAGACAAUAUACACUGUCCCAAACAAAGGCGACAGCUGACGAACCAACAGACUGAAAAAACGUGAUGCACUAUAAAAAUUGACAAGAGGACUUUUUGCACUGAACACAAACUGACACAACGGUUCCCACAACACAAAAUAACAGUGACACACGGAACUGAUAGCCAUGCACACACAGAGACAACAUGCACACAACUGGACUUGACUAAAAGCAAAGAUAGACCAAGUAAAAUGAAUAAGAGCCAGGAUGGACUGAGUUUACACACAAGACCUGACAGAUGACUUAGCAUAGGAUGGAAACACACAUGCAUGCACAAAAUGACUGAGAUACUGAAAGCACUGGAAUAGAACAGAACCGACUAUUAUUAGCUUAUACAGAAAAAUAUUUAAGUUCUUCUGUAGUCAAACACGAUUUAGUUCAAGUUGGUUCUGAUAAAAGAAUGAAUUAAUGAGAUGGGUUGGAUUUAAGGAGUAGUUCUCUGUUUGAAGCCAUUCUGAAUGACCUUUUAAGUGCCAUGUACUGCAGUAAGAAUAAAAAAAGUACCUAGCAGGCCAACAUAUAUGGAAAGUUGUAUAAAUAGUACUGAGCAUUCAAUGUUUAGAAUAGUCUCAGAGACAAAAUCCUGAUCUGGAGCUAGCUUUUCAUCCGCAAAUAAGUGUAUUUAAUCAGGGUUUGGAAGGUGAAGGUAAUUCCAUAUCUGGACUUUCACUAGGAGUCUGUUUACACCUUGUGUCAACAUGUGUUUUGUGCCUGGAUUAUAUCUGUAUAAACUUUGGCUGGAUUCCAUUCACACUCACUAAAAUGUGUCAAGAGUGUGACCAGGUGAGCUAAAAGUAAGAAGCAUGUCAAGCUUGUCCUGGACACUGUCAUAGCCUACAGUGCAAGAAAACUCUUAGCUGGGGAAUAAAGCCAGCCUCACUUAUCCUCCAACUUUUGUUUGAUUCUUAAUCUACUCACCUGCUAGUCAGCACAUGGCAGACACACUCCAUUCACAUAAUCGUAUAUGGAUACAGAAAAAAAACAUUCCGUUUACACUUGUGUUAAAUGUGGCCAAGAUCCAUCUCUUAUCACCUUUGAAUGCUCACAAUGCAUCCUGUGUGUUUACACCUGGCUUUUCCUGUGGUCAAUUUAAAUAUGAACAUGAUCUGAUCAUCAAAAAUGCAUCUUAAUGCAAGGUGUGAACAGGUCAAAUAAGAAGUGGAUUGUGAAACUGGUGCAGAUGCAUACAUACUAGUUUACUAGCUUAUGGGAACACACCAGCGUUUUUCAGCUAAAUCUAAAUCAAUAUGGUUAAUAACCACACACAGCAAGUUUGAAGUGUUUCCCCUGCUGAAAAAAAAACAAAACAGCACAGACCAGCAAGCAUUUCAUGCUAGUCUAAGCUGGGUUAUGCUGGUCUAGUACUGGUCUGGUUCUGGUUUAGCUGGUCACCCCAGCAUGGUUAUGCUACCAGCAUCAAAAUACAAUACACGCUGGUUUUUUUGGUAAUCAGCCAUGCUGAUGUAUGCCGGUUUUUCUGGCAGGGUCUGAGUACUUAUUAAAAGCAUGGAAGCACAUUAAUAAUAGCCAUUUAGCAAUUGCUUCAGCAGCACUUUUUCUAUUAUAAGUGUUUUUGAGUCAACAGGAUUUAUAUCCUUAUACAUUCUGCAAAUACAAUUUUCUAAAUUUUGUCCCUGUUAAUUGAGCUGAUGUUUCAGAAGCAGCAGACAGAGAUUAGGUUAAAAAAGCUGGAGUGUUCCUCUAAGAUCUCACUGAGCGUGCUGAUGUAGGCAGAGAGACUGAGGGCUGACUGAGAUGGAGGUGGACAGACAUCGUAAGUGCACAUAGGAAAUAAGAAAGAAGAGAAAAAUCCUGAAGCACAAAAUGAAGUCAAAGCAACAGAGAGAUGGACACACACUGACAGGACUAUCCUGUCAGGGAAAUGGACCGUCAGGCACGCUUACACUGACAAAACUACACACACACACACACACACACACACACACUUGUGUGGCAGUCUCACACCCUUUCGCUCCCCGACACACACGACUGCACUUUUUCCCCCUUUUCGUCUUUCUCCCUUGUUCCUUUUCUCCUCCUCUCUUACCCUGCAUUCCCUAAUCUUGCCCUUUUCUUGUUGUUUUGUUGUAACCCCUCUUUCUCCCUGUUUUCCUCUUGCCAUUGCUAUGAUUGCAGACUUGGCUUGUUCUUUCAUGCUUGAAUUUCCCCUCCAUCUAUUUCUCUAUCUGUGGAAUCACUGUGGUCAAAGAGAAAAGAAACAUAGAGAGGAAAAAACAAAACGCUUGCCAUACAAUAAUGCCAUGGAUUAAAAUGAUCAUUUACUUCCA